GAGGGUCGAAAAUGGCGGCUUCGCGGCUUCACUUCACUGCAAGCAGUGUAGGAUGAACACUGCUGAAGAUUCUCCAUUAUCUUCAUCUUUAUGCCCUUCUGAUUCUUCCUUCUCAGUUUGUAAUUCUUAUCUUCAUAAAAUGCGAUCCCAAAUCUCAACAAACGAAGUCGGUGUCGGGUUAGACUACGAUCCUGAUCGCUUGCUGAAGCCCUUAGAAACGACGCAAUCUCUCCACCAUGAGCAACCGAUCUGAACGUGGGAAGGAUAAUCCCUAUGUUCAAUUCUCUGCUGCCUCAUCGUCAUCUGCUCAACCUGGGAAGCGUGAUAAGAUGUGGGAUACGUUAGGUCGCUGCGGGAAGAUGUUGGAAGAUUAUGGAAAAAUGGCAGGGGAGGCUGUGGGAAACGUCUGGCAUCACAUAAAAGUUAGUCCAAGCAUUGCUGAUGCUGCAAAGGCCCGGCUUGUCCAAGGGACAAAAUUACUUGCCGAAGGAGGGCCUGAAGGAGUAUUCCAGAGUACGUUUGGUGUUCUUCCUGGAGAGAAAUACUUGCACUCGUAUGCUUGCUAUCUGUAUGCCCCCUCUGGCCCUGUGAAUGGGACUCUUUACAUAUCCACAAAAAGACUGGCUUUCUGUAGUGAAUCCCCCGUCGGUAACUCUCCAUCUCCUGGCCUGCCACAGAGUGCCUACUACAAGGUGGUGAUAGAUCUGAAUCGCCUGGCAACAGCCCACCCUUCUCCAAAUCUUCUCAACCCCUCAGAAAAAGACAUUCACAUAUUCACAAAGGAUGGGUAUGAGUUCUGGUUCGUAGGAUUUUUAUCGUUCAGCAGUGCUCUGAAGAGUUUAAACGAGGCACUAAAGCACUCCCAUGCCCAGUUUGGAUGAACUCAAAUGAUCUCAUCAUGCCUUUGUCUUGUUACUUGUAGUGUGCUUGCUUUUGUUCUAAUAAGAUGUUGCAGUUUAUUGGAUGUGUGUCUUGAAAAAGCUGUGUACGUUAUGGUGGUGGACAUAAAAUAAGGGUUCCUUUAACUUCAACAAUGCUUUGUAAAUCUUGUAGAAACGAUACCUUUUGGACUUGUGAAUUGAUCAUUUGUUUUGCCCUCUCUUUGAAACUUUGGUGGAUGAUUUUGGAGA